AUGGAAGGAUUCGGUACUCAGGCUGUCCGAUCAGGCCUGCCGCGAGAUGCUGGCACGGGUGCACUGGUAGAACCUAUAUUCCUUGCUACGACCUUCGCCCAGCAGCAUGUCGGAUCUCCGACGGGCUCCUAUAUCUACAGCCGCUCUGCCAACCCGAACCGGGAAAGCUUUGAGAAAGCCAUCGCGGCAUUGGAAUCUGCAGAGUAUGCUAUAGCCUUCUCUUCUGGCAUGGCUGCAACGGCUGCAGUUCUCCAGGGGCUCGCGUCAAACUCGUCUAUUGUUGCCAUGGGCAGUCUGUAUGGUGGAACACAUCGGUACUUGAUGCAUCUUGCCCCGGCAUUUGGCGUGAAAGUAUCGUUCGUGAAUGAUAUCCAUACAGAACUGGGUCCGCUGCUCAGCCAGGGAUCCGACGAAAAGGUGACGGUGGUGUGGAUUGAGUCACCCAGCAACCCGACCCUGUCUCUUGUCGAUAUCAAGAGUGUCGCGGAUAUGGCCCAUGCCGGUGGAGCUCAUGUCGUGGUAGACAAUACCUUCUUGUCGCCUUACUUCCAGAACCCCUUGAAGCAUGGAGCAGAUAUUGUGCUGCAUUCAGUGACCAAGUAUAUCAAUGGACACAGCGACGUUUUGAUGGGGGUGAUUGCCUUGAGCUGCCCUGAAAUAAGGAAGACGCUCUCCUUCAUCCAAAAUGCCGCUGGAAGCGUUCCGAGUCCAUUUGACUGUUGGCUUGCUCAUCGCGGACUGAAAACCCUUCACCUUCGUGCACCGGCAGCGUCUCGCAAUGCUCUGGCAAUAGCUAAAUCAUUGGACACGUCGCCCCUUGUUCUGAGCGUCAACUAUCCCGGCCUUGACGAACAUCCACAACGACGGAUUGCACUGUUGCAGCACCGGGAUGGACUAGGAGGGGGGAUGGUUUCAUUUCGCAUCCGAGGUGGACGUGAUGCUGCUGCCAAGUUCUGUGAGAGUUCAAAGCUUUUCACUCUGGCAGAGAGUUUGGGAGGAUUGGAGAGUCUUUGCGAGAUACCAGCCGCAAUGACGCAUAAUGCAAUGCCGAAGGAGGCGCGAGAGGCAGCUGGGAUUUAUGACGAUUUGAUUAGACUCAGUGUGGGGGUGGAGGAUACGGAUGACUUGGUGCGGGAUGUUCUAGAAACCUUGAAAGUCACUGCGAUAAACAAAAAAAUAUCAAAUUGA